UUUUCUUUUUUAGUUAAAUAUUAUUACUACUGUAUGCUUCCUUCCUUCCUCCGAUUAAAACCAUACACAGAGAGGGAGAGGGAGAGAGGACCCUGCAAAUUAAAGUCCCGAUCAAAUAAUCUCUUCUUCUCUUCUUCUCUCCUCCUCGCCUUUUCUCUAGCUCGCUAGUUGCAUCUUAUCUUCUCUUAGUGUUUAUCUAGUGGUCGACUAUUCCCUACAAGAGGAGAUCUAUAUUUUUGCACCGCUACCCGCAGCUUAAGGUUUCUGGGGUGGUGAGAGAUAUAGUUAUUUGCAUCUUAUCUUGUCUCCGUGUUUGUCUAGUGAAUGCAUCAAUGUUUUCGUUGUACUUUUACUUUCUUUUUCUGGCAAAUAAUACCAUACACCAAUUUUAGCUGACCAUCGCGUUCACGCUAAUUUUGAAUCUUUUGAUUACUUAGUUGGUUUUAUUGGGGAAUUAUUCAAGGUCAUAAUUAAGAAGGAAAUUCCAACUUUGAUUGGCCGGCGCUGCUCUUACUAUGGCAAACGGCCAUUAUACCAUAGAUUUUGCAUUUUCUCUCUUUUCUUGUUCCAACUCGUUUCUUUAUUAAGUCCCAUUUGUUUGUUUAAUUUCUUUUCCACUCGGGUUGGGUCUAUGCAUUCAUCAUGAUUCAUUGUUUCCCUUUCUGCCGUACGUUUCUCAUCCCUUUUGCAUCAUUUGUUACUCGGUGCAAGAAUUCAAAUCAAUGUUUGGUGAGAUAAUCAUCAAUAACUACUUAAUUACUGUCCGUCAUGGUAACUGGAUAAGUUUAAAGAUACUGAUAAGAAAACUAAACAUCGACCAAAAAUUUAUUUUUCCAUCUGUAAUUCUGUGAAUGUAUAAGGUUUUUUUCUUUCCAUUUCUUUGUAGUUAGACUUUUUUUUCUUUUUAAUUUUCAGUUUAUUUCUGGAAAUGCCAUAUGAAUUGAAUUUUAUUUUUGGAAUUUUCACGAUCUUUAUAUGCUGAUGGGUGAUGGUCUUAUUUAAUACACGUAUAUUAUAUAUGUUAUAUUAAUGACUGUAUAGGUCAAAAUUAUUUACAGAGGAGGAAGAGGUGGAAGAUGGCAUCAUCGUCGACGAAUUCACCAUGCGCCGCGUGUAAGUUCCUGCGACGCAAGUGCCAGCCAGAGUGCGUAUUUGCGCCGUACUUCCCACCGGACCAGCCGCAGAAGUUUGCUAAUGUUCACAAAGUUUUUGGGGCCAGCAACGUCACUAAACUGCUCAACGAGUUGCACCCCCACCAGCGUGAGGACGCCGUCAACUCUCUCGCCUACGAGGCCGACAUGCGCCUCCGCGAUCCCGUCUACGGCUGCGUUGGAGUCAUCUCUCUCCUCCAGCACCAACUCCGCCAACUUCAGAUGGAUCUGACCUGUGCUAAAUCCGAACUCUCCAAAUAUCAGAACUUGCAGGGUCUCACUGCCAGCCACGGACUCAUAGCCGCCGCCGCUGCUGCCGCCGCCGCAACUGCCACUGCUGCCACCCACACCCACAAUAACAAUAAUAAUAACAAUCACCACCAUCCUCUACAUUUACAGUCCUCUUCACUCAACAACUUGGGAAUGGGGAUAAAUCUCAUUUCAGGCGGCGGUGGUGGCCGAGAACACUACCCCCACCAGUUUUUCCCCAGAGAUCGAGAACGAGAACGAGACCAUCAUUCCCAUCAUCAGCAACAGAUGAUGAUUAGGAGCUUUGAUGCCGGAAACAACUACGAUGCAAGCCUUCUGUCCAUGAACGCUGCUGUAGGGGGCAUUCAUGGCCAACUCAGUCAUCAGUUCCAGCAAACUAGGGCUGCUGCUGGCGACGACCGCCGAACCAUUGAUCCUUCUUAAUUAGGAUUUCCUCUUUUCCUUACUUACUCACAACAACUUCAACCAAUUCCAUCAAAUUAAUUAAGGGUAUCAAGUACUAUCAAGAAACAAAGUUGGAAAUUUUUCAAAAGCCUAAAUAAACAGCGAUGAGAGAGAGAGAUGGGUGGAAGAGGUUGACGGUUUUAUUUAAUUAAUCAAAUACCUCUUUUACAGACAAUUUAAUUAUAUCUAAUUUAUGUCUGUUUGAAAUUGUUUUCUCAUGCACACAUAGUUUAUCAACUGUAUCUGUUUUCAUGCAUAUAAUAUUAUUAUCCUCCUCCGUCCUCUAAGGAGAAAGAAAAAUGGGGAGAAAAAGAACAAGAACUUGCACAGAAAAUAAAGGAAAAGGGAAAAACAAGUUUGUCCAGAAAGUGUACUUGAACUCGCAGCAGUCUCACAGUAUAACACCACAAGUUCGUGUCCGCUUAUGGAGCUGGCACAGUGCAUGGCUCUGGAUUUGUUUGUACUCUUUUUGCACUCUUUGUCUCAACAGUAAAAUUAGGAGACAGAUAUAUCUAUUUGCAGUCCCAUAUAUAUGAUCCUAUUCCU